AACUAUCCACCAGCUAGCGCAACUCCAUUAAAUAGUAUGGCCUCCAGCCCUUCAAAUAGAUUCCGCAGCCGAAAUAUGCCAGCUUGGGUGACCGAAAGCAGUGAUCGUGUUGGUCCACCACCUCCACCACCACCGAUCAACAACGAUCCAGAGUAUGAGGUCAUCGAUGUGGCGAACCAGCAGCAAUAUUCCAAUGCACCUCCUCCAGUACCACUCAAAUCGCCAGACAUCAAACGACUCACCGUGAUGAAGUGCGAUCUGUGCGGUUCCGUGGCGCCCGUCGUACGAUGCGAACAGUGCGAUCAGAAUCUGUUCUGUGUUUCCUGUGACGAUCGUUACCAUCGCCACCCGAAACGCCAAACACAUGUCAGAAAGCCAAUUGAACCGCCCGCGGUUGUGUCGCCGGCCCCAAGCAUGGUGAAACCGCCGCUGCCACCGAAAGGUGAGGCCGGAUCGAGCGGGCCACUGCCGCCGCCGAGAAGGAACAAGCGCCCCGGAAGCUUCCACUUUCCCAGUCCCAUGUUUGGCCGCAAGCAGGACCAGCAGACUAUACCAACGACGGUUCCACAAGGACAGACGGAGCAGCAGCAGCACCAGCAGAAACCGCCUCAACCGCCGCCGAGUCCAGCUCUCUCGUUGCGAGAAAAAAUGAACUCCCUCAAGCGCUUCAUUCAUCCCUCUAACAGGCCACUACCUGACCCCCCGGAGAAUAAAAUUCAUUCUUCCAACUCAUCCCUGGACACCGUCUCGAAACGUUCGCCAUCAACUGGCCCCAGCCGGGCCGUUUCAACCACGAUGGAAAAGAUCCAAAACAAUACGGCCGCCACGCUGGAUCGUAUGACGCUGCUACAGCAACGCUACCGACAGCACCAGGAAGCGAUGAAGUCUGACGGAGACCGCAGCAGACGAGCGAGUCUUACAUCUAACAUGGACCUGCAGUCAUCCGCCACUGAGUCAUCAAACAGCUUCCGCAACAAGACAUCAGGUGCUUUUCAGCAGCAUCAGCAGCAGCAGCAGAUACAGCAACCUCAUCUACUGCAUCAGCCGAUACCGUCUUCGCAACAGCUGCACUCACGGUGGCUUAAUCCACCGGCACCCAGAAUACGAUCUGGCAGUGUUGCUUCCGGCAUUAAUCUACUGUCCGUCCCGGGGACACCGAACGGACCAGGCGCUGGCUAUGUUCACGAACUGACGAGCUCACCAGGCAAUAGUAAUGCACCGUCUGUCUCUCCUAUACAGCACUCGGAGUUUGGAGAUACAAUGCCGACGAUGCCCAACGGGAAUCGAAGUCUCAGUACGUUCAAUUUGCAUCAGCCACCACCGCCACAGCCAAACAUGUGGGGAUUCAAUCCAUUGCAUCAGGCUCAGUCAAUGGCACACUUUAAUCCGAUGCAGUGGAAUCAGAUGAAUGCCUGGAUGGGACGAGGAUCACAGAAUGGCUCCAACAUGAGUCUCAAUCUACCACCACCACACGGCUAUCCACCGCAGGAUCCCUCCGGUUAUCCACCGGCGUGGGGUAACGCAUGGAAUGGCAUGUAUCCCUACCCGAUGGGUAUGAUGCCAAUGAUGCCAGGUGUCGCCAUGCCACCACCAAGAUCCCGAGCCAACUCACGAUCGCGUGCCGCUUCACCAGCACUCAGUAUCAAGUCGCGCAAAUCCACCAUGUCCAUGCGCAAUCUCAACCGUAACAGCUUCAUCGACGACCUUACCGAUGACGAAGAUUCCGACGAUGGAUUUCACCGCUCGCGAGGACGUGGUGGUGGUGAUCGCCGUCGCCGAGAGCGUCUCAAUUCAACCAGCAGUAUCGAUUUCAACGAACCUGAACCACCGGCACAAUCCUUUGUGCGUUCGUCAAGUGUAAAACAUUCGCGGUUCAACCGGGAUCGUCGUCCAGGAGCAGGCUCCUCCGCUCGAUCGCUGAUCGACUAUCCAGUGUCGAGAAAGGUCACAGCUCCGGCCGCUCGCUACGAUCGGGAAGAGUUGACAAGGGAUCGCUUCGACAAGAUGUCUCUUUCAUCGCCCCGCAAAGAGCCUUCCGAUUCCUUCACAAACGAUUCCGAUCUUGAGCCGGAGGGUCGACGUGUCGCAUCCAAUCGAUCACGCUCUGGAAACGAAAGUAUCAGCUCACCACGCAAAAUCAACUCCGAUUCGCUGACGAAUGAUUCCGACGCAGACUUUGAGCGUAGACGGCAAGCGAAACUGAAGGCAGCUCAGAACAAUCUUUCCGCUUCGAGACGAAUGACGUCCGAUUCGCACACGAACGAUUCCGAGCCAGAUCAGGACCGUCGCCGGCAGCAAAAGAGUAAGGCUUCUCCAGUACCUCCAGUACCAAAGAAACCCAUACCAAGCUCUGAUUCGGAUGGGCGUGAGAAACAACGGCGAAAGAGCGACACCAAGUCCCCGAGUGUGAAGGUGGCCAGUACUGUACCCAAGAAGAUUCCCUCCGAUUCUCACACACCGGACACGGAUGGUUCGGAGCAAAGGAGACGCUUCGCCUCAAAGCAACAGCGCCAGCGCAAAAACUCCAGCACUGAGUUCAUCGCCAACGAGUCGGACGAAGAAAAGCCGGCAAAAACGAUCGACAAGGAACAGGUUGUAAAUGGAUUGCUCGAGUUCCGCACCAUCUCUCCAACGAAGUCGGACUCUGACGAGCAGCGGCAUCUCAAGACGGUUGAGAUCAAGAACAUCAUCAACGACACCCGUUCGGAAGUGGACUAUGACCAUACGGACAUCCCGGAAAAUUCACCUCCUCCACCGGCUCCCGUCACACCCGAUCGUGAGUGGGAAUGUGAGUUCUGCACAUACGUCAACGAACCCGGUGUGAAGAUAUGUGCCAUCUGCUGCAAAACGGCUACCAUCGGUGUAGUGAGCGGUGUGACCCGUUCCGAGUCCGAUCCACACACACAAUCACCUCAGCCGGACAUUGUUCAGGAGACGCCACAGGUUACGGAGGUGAAACUGCAAAUUGUACCACCCCAGAAGCCGACCAACGGUAAGCCACCAGGAGAAACGAAGAAGAAAGAUAUUGACGACGAGAUGGACACCGAGAUGGACCAAGUUGUUGAGGGCGAGGUUGUCAAAUCGUUUGGUGAGGGGCUUAAGGAAACGGUUGAGAUUCUCCCCGCUGACGAAACUGACCACGUUGAGAAAAGGGUCGUUAAAGCAAAGGUAUCCACAGGUUGCGGUCCUUCGCCUCCGAGGGAAAUUGUACAGGUUAAACAUGUGCAGGCGGAAGAAGAAGAAAGAUCUCGUGCCAGAGCAUCCAUUGGAACGUCACCACCACCACAAGAUAUGUCCACUCAGACAUAUGACUCAUUCGAGCAGGUGCGUCACGAAAUUGCCACCCACCAGCAAUCCAUCGAUAAACCCGACACCGAACCUUCCCCGGAACCGACCCAAGCAACGUCAGCACUUUACAAACGAUCGUAUUCGCUUGCCACACCACAACUUCUCCAAGUGGAACGUCCCGCAAGCCGCAACAGCAUCUCGAGUGAUACGCAGAGUCUACCACCAUCUCCACACGAACUGAGCCCUCAGCCAGGCCUGCAGAGCUCGUCACGGUACCACGCCAACCAAGCAUUGAAUCAAACGUCCCAUCCGACACCUUCAUCAGCCCCAUCUAAUCGCUAUGGUCAGCAACAGGAUGAUAGCCUAUCCUAUCUGGACCGAGCUAUCCAUCAGAUCAUUCAAACGGCCGCCACUCAGACACUCGGAGCUACGGGCCGUCCGGCAGCAGUUCCCGAGGAGAACAUGUAUCGCACAUUUAACGAUCUUCGUCACAUAGAUUCGAAGACACCUGCAAAGAUUACCACACUGUCUGUUGGUGGUGCACAAGUGCAACCGAAACAACCAACGGUGAAAAUGCAAUCAGCAGCUAUGGACGAUCAUCGGAAUCCCGAAGAUGCAGUGCCUCUGCUGGCGAGAGAGCAGUCAAAAGAGAUGCAGAACAAAGAGGAACCUUCCGAGAUGACACUACUUUUGCGGGAAGCAGAACGCUAUCAAUUUACGGCCGAAGAAUUGCAGGCCGCUAUGAAUCACUGUGGUGAGAAGCAUCCGGUACAGUGGCUACGAAGCAAUUGGAACAAACUGAUCGAAACCGUACAAACGUUAGCCACCAAGUAUGGGCAUGAAAAGCGGGAAAAUACCAUCGGCACCAUUUCGACCGUGGAAGCACGGGAAGCACUGAAAAUGCAUAAAGGCAACAUCUGGCGUGCGAUCACCGAAUGCAUUGAGCAACGGCAGCGCAAAUAUCGCGAAAUCGCCUCGAAAGGAAACUUCACCCGGGAGGAUAUUGUCACCAGCCUGACGGCGCACCACGGUAACCUUGAGCUGGCGCUCGUUGAGCUAAGCAAAACGCAGCUGAAACCGUUUCUGAUGCGCAUCUGGGGACCACCGAGCGGGGCCGACAACGAUAGUGGCAACUUGCUGCUACACCAAGCGCUCCAAGAGGAUCGCACCGGAAUCAGCAGUGAAAUUCAACAGUUCAUCAGUGCUCAUGUCGAACAAGAGCUGCUUGGCAUAGGUUCAAUGGCAGAUAAUGCCGAACAUGCGCCGGAGCCUGAGUUACAAUCAGAGAAAGAGGACAUAGAACCAGAAUUACAAGAGCUAACGGAACACGACAUCACAGCAACUGCAACGUCACCACCACCACCGGAAGAAGAUCAGCACGAAGAGGUAUGUGAAGAACGAACGACAUCUGCUUCCAAUACGGAAAUACUAAAGGACAUCGAGGCACUGAUCACGCAAAUGGAAAGGAAGCAACAAUCCACCAACGGGUCUGUCCUCCGCAACAUACAGCAACUGCUCAGUCAGCUGGUAGACGCUGAACCCAACUCGCGGUCUCCAUCUGCAACCUCAAUACGAUCGCAGGCAAGUGAUCAGCGUAUCAUGAGCAAAAGUCCCAUUCCCGUACGUGCGAACAGUAAGCCAACUCCACUCCAAACACCCGAUCCCGAUCGAUCCAUCGAGGACGAUGUACGUGACUUUGUACAGGAAAACAUACAGGACAUCCUGCCGACCCUGGUCCAACAGGUACGGCAGGAGCUAGACGCGGUAAAAGUUAAUCUACGGACGAAACCGAAAUCAUUGGAAGACGACAUACGAGAAACGUUGAUGCGGGCAGAGUACACUGAGAACGAUUACAGUAACAUUCAUUACUUUCCAUUCGAUAAAACCAGCGACUCGCCGAUCGUUUUCCCCGAGCGUCAGCAAACGGCAAAGGUUACCCAGCAGUCAGCUGCUCCAGAUGAAAUGGAUGAGUAUGCCAAUAUUCAGAAAUUUCUUGAACGUGCGAUAAGGAACGAAAAAACGACUACCGUCUUUGAUCAGAUGAAGCGAAGCAGCUAUCUGAUCGAUAGCAGUUCCGAUGAAGCACGGCAAACGGCGGAGUCUACGGAUUAUUACGAUAUGGUCUUGAUCAAUGAGAAGUUGAUGAACCUGUUCACUGAAGCUCCUUCGAAGGAGCUUCAACCAGUGCAACCGAUCGAGAUAGUGACGAAGCAUCAAGCUUCGUUAGCUAUUAAUGAAGUGGAACCAGUUGUUCAGCAAGCACUCCAAGAAUUGACGCCACCAGUAGAAGCAGUGGCUGAGAAGAAGGGAGUGAAGAAACGACGAGGAUCUCGCAUUCCUGUCAACAAGAAUAAUUAUCUCUACCGACGCCCUGUCAAGAGUUCCUCCGAGAGUGACUUUGAAGUACUACUGGCGACCAGCUCCAAACCAAAUCAGUCCUCUGUGGUAGCAAUAGAUCACGUGGCGGAAUUGCGGCACGUGGUAGAUAACAUUGAGCGUAUCGAGCAAGCUAUUGAAGUAGGAGAUGAAGCUGAAGAAGAAGAUUCUCAGAAUGAUUUUGAGUUCGUCGAUGAGCCCAUCUACAUUAAUCUGCCUCCUCAGCGAGAUUCUCCUGUAGAGGAUAAUGUGGGUGAACCACAACAGAACGGAAUUGAAGAACUGGGAAACGAAGAGUCUGUUGGGCUAACAGAAUCUAUUGCUCUGAUUGAUCCUAUCAAAGAAGAGCCUACGCAACAAGUAAUGAAGGAUCCUCUACUAGAGAAUUCGAAUAUUGUUGAAGAAGCUCCUCAGCAAACUAUCAAAACUGAUGCCAUUGUGGCUAGCGAGCCUAGUGUCGAAGAACUUAAACCAAAAGAUUUUGCACCUGUUGUGCCAAGUGCGGCUGUGGAACCUCCUCUUCAACAGGUUGAACCUACUACUGAUGCUGUUAUUCAGCCAGUUGUAGAAACACCAGUUCAGAUUGAAUCUCAAAUUCUUCCAUUGAGUAGUUUGAGUAUAAAUGAGGUCCAGCUAAACGAACCAGAACCCCUACGAGAAACCCAACCAAAUGUUGAAACUACAAUUUCAGAUGUAAGGGAAUCUAUUCUGCCAGAUCAACCACAAAAUUCGUAUAAUCAUGAAUUUCCCACUUCAGUAGAAGAGACUCCAGCUAAUCCGACUACAGAAACAGGGCCAAUAGCUACAGCUUCUGAUCUAAUUUCAAACGAUUCUGUCCUAGAUACAACGCCCACCGCACAGGAAGAUACUCAAGAAGAAGACGUAAUUAGGCAUAGUUCUAAGCUGGCAAAUAAUCUAUCUGAGCUAGUUCUAGACACCAAGCGGCUCAUACAACAAAUGAAAGAUGAGAUCAAUUCUGACAUAGCAACAUUCAAUGAAGAUGACGCAGCGUAUGAAGAAGAGUAUUACGAAGACGAGUACGAAGACGAAUGGGAAGGCGAGGAGGAAGAAGAAGAAGAGUGGGAUUCCAACGAGGAGUACGAUGUGGACGAAAAUGGUGAUUUCUACGAGUACGAAGAUGAUGACGACGAUGGAUCGGUAAUGUUCUCCGAAAUGACCAUCAUCGAUUCGGCCAACGGGAAGUCGAGAAGUGUCCAACAGCCACCGCAUGAAGUGAUCCCAGUUCAAGCACCACCACAGAUGAUACUUCCCAUGAUCAACAUGGCGAUCGUAAGAGAAAACGAACGAAACAGUGCAUCGGAGGUGAGUGAUCUUCCACUGGACAGUGAUUUCAACGAUGCUAUGAGCGUGAUCGAACAAUCAGUAGGUGAGCUGCGAAGCAUGCUACACCUAACCGAGCAAGCACUUGGUCCACUCGAACUUGCCUCUCCACUGCAUCAUGCUUCCAGCGUGGAAACGCUUCAGAACAGCUCGGAACAGAGUGAGAUAAGUGAGAUAACGCUUGUGCCUGAGAUCCACAGUAUAACGGCGGGAGAAGAAUCAAGCGAUCGGACACUCGUUGCGGACGAGAACCUACCGAUGACAAUGAAGGAUGUGCAAACGUUGAUGAACGCUAAAGCAGUUAUUGGAGGGUUUAUAAAAACUGUGCAGCAAAUAGAACAAUCAGGCGAAGAACGUGCGAUGCAGGAACAGGCGUCUUUGCCAGAGGAACCAAUGGUAAUAUACGAUUCGGUGAAGACAUCCUCCACGGAGACUACGGAUAAUAAACCGCCUUCCGUUAUUGAGAGGAAUGCUAUGAAUGGAACGAUGACGAUUAUUGAGGAACCAUUCGGGACAAAGGAUGAAACACAGGUGGAAGCUAAUGAUGAGAGUGCAGGUUUUCCUAGUGCAGGUUCUCAUCAUCGAAUAGAACCUGCAGGAAAUAAUACUAUUAAUCCUCAAAUCACUCAAGCAGUUGAAGGUUUGGCAAGCAGUCUACCAUUGCCGAUCGUUACUGAAGCUACAGUAAAACCUCUUCAACCACCAGAUUUAUUUGAAGCUGCUAAGAUGGAACAAAUUUUAGUAAAUCCAUCGACGUCUUCUAUGCUCUCUUUAGCAGGACAUCCAACAACAAACAUUAUAAAUGCUCAAGAUCAUUCGCUUGAGCCUGCCUCCGAAACUGUGCCUGAUCUUCAGGUCGAAACCGGAAGUACACCAGCAGAAAGUUUGAAUCCAAAUGAACCACCCAAUGAAACCCAAAAUAUUGUUUCGAUUGAAAAUGCAGCACCAGAGUAUGUGAAUGUAAACGCCUUAGAUGCUAACGGUUCUAGUACAGCUAUUCCCGAAUAUGCCACAGUAUUCAAAGCAGGAUCUAAACUUCAAGUUAUUGAGCCUUCUGUGGAAGAAAUUGAUACUUCAAAUAAGAAUUUAAACAAUCAAGAAGCAACCACAAAUGGAGAGAGUACUCUUGGCCCAGCUGCAGAAGCCUCAGAAGCACCUGAGAAUAUUCCUAAUGAACUACAAAUCACAUCAGUAGUUAGCCCUGUUUCUAUGCUGCCAAACAAAGAAGAAUCAAGUGUUGAUGAUAGUAAACCACCCGCAGUAGUUGAUACUUCUUCAGCAAGUCCCCAGGGAUCGCAAGUAGAGGAGGAAACUUCUGUAGCUGAUGCUCUGGACCGUACUGUUAGUAACUCGCAAGCUGAGAACACUAUCAGUCCAGAUGCUGAGGAUCCUGUAAAAUCAUCAAAAACUAUCGCAUCAACGACAGACGAUCAUCAUACCGAGUCAUCGCCUUCAAAUCUCGCACCAAUUUCUACUGCUAGUAUAACUGAGCAGCCUUCACUAGAGCCAAACACGAGCCAUUUGCUCAACGGACAUGCACCGGACAAUCGUACCCAAUCGCGUGCCUCUUCCGAAGAGCCUUCAUCCAGCUUCGUUGAAAUACAGUCAUCACAGGUCAUUGUUCACUCACCACAGACCGAAACUCUACCACCACCUGAAGCACCACCCCGUACCACAAACAUCUACCAAAAUGUGGACAUUCAUCCUCCUGCUUCUACUACCACUCCCGCUACUACCACCAUCUCCACCCCCAAGGCUCCACCCACCCGUUCAAAAUCAAAAGCCCCCAAACUAACCGUUAAAGUUGCAUCCGCCGCUACUUCGCAGUCGGAGGAUGGUGCCUCCCCGACAACACCACCAACUCCCACUGGCCAGAAGGCUAACGCCAAAGCUUCCAAAACUAAAUCCGAAAGUAAGAAGAAAUCCACCACCACCGCAAGCGCCUCAUCCCCUACGGCCGAUUCUACCGGCCGUCGGCCAUCGGUGACGCGCAAGAAAUCGAUCGGCGGUGGCGUGUUUGGUCCAGUGCAAACCAACACGGUCAAGAACAUGCAAAAAGAGUUCCUUAAUAAAGCGAAGGAAUCACCCAAACCGAGCACAUCCAAGGUUACGCCCAAACCGGCCAAACUCGUACAGCCAAAGGUGUUUACCGCACGCUCGUCCGCUACACCGCCGGCUUCCACGAGCAAAGCUGCAACGCCGGCCUCCGAGGAGGCUAGUACGUCCUCGGCUAGGUCCACCCCCGGGCCAAGCGAACCAAUGCCGGGUAGUUCGCGCGAUACGACGUACAUGUGCGAAAAGAUGCUGAAGAAGAAGUAUCGCGAAACGUGCUUUAGCGAUGAGUACCAAACGACCGACGAUGAGGACGAAAGUCGGAUGACGAUCACGGAAAGCGAGCGCACCAUUAUCAAGAGCCUGGUGAAACCGUACGAACCGAACAGUGAACCGCCAGAAGUCCAAGCGCAGCAGCUGCUAGAGGAUGGUUUAGUUCAAACUCAGGCCCAAGCAGAGCUUGCCGUGCAGCUGAUUGAGCUUCGAUACGCCCGCGAUAAUGCAAUCUGGGCCGCCACACAGUCUCACACGAUCGAUGAAGCGCGUGAUCUUCUGCAAAAGGAAUGUGAGCUUUGUCUCGGCUUGUUCCCGAUGAACGAGAUCGUGUCGAUGCUUAAAUGUACUCACACUUGUUGUCUGGAGUGUGCGAAGGAGUACUUCACGCAGGAGAUCACCAACCGAUCGAUCACCAACUGUAACUGUCCUUACUGUAAGGAACCAGAUCUGAAUGGACCGGACGUUACGGAGGACGACGUGCUGGAAUACUUCUCCAAUUUGGACAUUCUGCUGAAGAACAUAGUUGACGUAGAGGUUCACGAUCUAUUCCAGCGCAAAAUCCGUGAUCGUACGCUAACGAAAGAUCCCAACUUUAAGUGGUGCGUUCAUUGCUCAAGUGGGUUCUUCGCUCGGCCCAAACAACGACGUCUGGUGUGUCCGGACUGUGGUUCAAUCACCUGUGCCUCGUGUCGGAAACCGUGGGAAUCUCAGCACGAAGGACUUACGUGCGAUAAAUUUGCCGAAUGGAAGGAGGCAAACGAUCCGGAACUCCAAGCGGAAGGUGUCCAGCGUCAUCUGCAGACGCACGGUAUUAGCUGCCCCAACUGUAAGUUCCGCUACUCACUAGCCCGUGGUGGUUGUAUGCACUUUACCUGCACGCAAUGCAAGUUUGAGUUCUGCUACGGAUGCAACAAACCGUUCAUGAUGGGCGCAAAGUGUAGCGUAUCACCGUACUGUGCCAAGCUGGGUUUGCAUGCCCAUCACCCGAGAAACUGUCUGUUCUAUCUGCGCGACAAGGAACCUCGGGAUCUUCAAAACUUACUGUUGAUGAACAACGUAUCGUUUGACACUGAACCAUCGGAGCAAAUGAAACAGGAGCUGACGAAUGGAGAAGGUGCCAUCAUGAAGUGUCCCAUUCCACUGCAAAAGGAAACACCAGCCGGUCUGAUGGAUAUGAUCUGCAGUGCAGACGUUCCCGAAAAUCAUGCCGGAUUGUGCAGAACCCAUUACGUUGAAUAUUUGGUCGGUACGGUAUCGAAAGCGCAGAUCGAUCCGCUACCGAUACUGGAUCUAACCGAUUGUGUCCAAGAGUUGCGCCGGCGCGGCAUACCACUCCCGGAACGGGGUCCCUGGGACACCGAUGAAAUUUAUCGGGAAAUGUGCCAGAAGCUCGUUAAAGAGAAAAUUCCUCUCGACAAUUAGCAGAGUUGUCGUCCGAAUCAGGAGGAUCCAGCU